CAGGGUAUAUAGAUAAAGGUAUUUAUCAGCAGAUCUCGGCCAAGUGUAGUGAGCAGCGACAAGUCCAGAGUUGGGUGGGCUGUAUCGACAAGGCCACAGUUCGGUGGGCUGGUGUAGUGAUAUCUAUAACUUCACCAUUUAUCAGUAAGGCUCUACUUCAGUUGGGUGGUGUGAAUUGAAUAUUAAGACAUAACAAUCCACAUUUAAAAUUUUCUGGAAUUCAUGUAGACAGGUAACACGUACGUCAACCUUACAUAAGGUUUGUGGAAGAUUUAUUUUAUUUACAGUUUCAGGAAUACUUGCAGACAGCUAAUACAUACAUCAACCUUACAUAAGGUUUGUGGAAGAUUUAUUUUAUUUACAGUUUCAGGAAUACUUGCAGACAGCUAAUACAUACAUCAACCUUACAUAAGGUUUGUGGAGGAUUUAUUUUAUUUACGGUUUCUGGAAUACUUGUGGAAUACGGUUUCUGGAAUACUUGUGGAAUACAGUUUCUGGAAUACUUGUGGAAUACAGCUAACACAUACGUCAACCUUACAUAAGGUAUUUCCCUUUAUCGAGAAACAACUGAUGAACCAUGGGAACUUUUGCAGGCCAUGCCCUUCCAGGAUCAUUUUUCAUCAUAUUUGCAUUAUGGUGGACUUUUCAAAUGUAUCAUAGAUACUUGACUUGUUGCAGAAAAAAACUCCCAUUUACUUCCACUCCGACAUAUCCCUGUGUGUGUUUUUGUGGCAGGACUAAAACGUGGCCAAUCGAAUCACUCAUCAAGAUCUUCUUCGCCACUGUAGGUGUAAGUCUGGAGAUCUACACUGGAAUGAACAACGGAGUGUUCAACACACCAGAAAAUGCACAGCAUUCCACUAUGUUCUUUUUCUUUGGUAUGACAGGAGUUGCGGAUUUGUUGGUGUAUUACCGAUUUCCGGUCCUUAAGGAUUUAGACUAUGUGAGCAUGAUAUUUGCUGUAGUAGUGGAAGGAAUCUUGUUUAGGUUUCACCUGAGUGGCAGGGACCCUCUAGACGUCCUAAUCCACACACUUCUAGUUUACACCAUUGGGGCUAACAUACUGGCUGUGAUGGCCGAAAUGAAGUGGAGACACAGCUUCCACAUAGCAUUGGCAAGGACUUAUUUCAUCUUUUUACAAGGGACCUGGUUCUGGCAGAUUGGAUUCAUUCUAUAUAACCCUCUACCAGGAGCAAAGGAAUGGGAUCCAGAGCAUCACCGCUCACAUCUGAUAGCUACAAUGUAUUUUGCGUGGCAUUGCGGAGUAACUUUUAUAAUUAUGUUAUGCAUCGGUGGUUGUGUGACUUGUUUUCAUAAAAAGUUCAGGCCAAAUAAUAACAUUGAAAUAGAUAUGAAACCAUUAAUGGCCACAGCAGAGACUAAUGGUAACACUUUUAUCCCAGUUAAUAUGGACAGUGACAACUCGGAAUUUGAAACCUGACUGUUCAACAUAUUUUGAUUAAGGAAAGUCAGAAAGUGAUAUUUAAUAAUAGUUCAUAUAUUAAACAGUAAAAGUGAUAUAGUUCAUAUAUUUAACAGUAAAAGUGAUAUAGUUCAUAUGUUAAGCAGUGUUCCUGAUAAUUUUACAGAUAAUUUUAGAACAUGUUUUUAACUGAUUCUACCUCCACAAAGUGAAUUUUUGAGUUAUAUGUAUUAUAGAUUUUUGUGAAUAUAAGCUAUGAAACAUUUAAUACAGAAUCAUAAGUGAUGACUUACAGACUAAAACAUCUUCUGUGUGUCGUUUACAGAUAUGUUUAUUUUUUGGAUUCAAAAUACAUACCACACACAUUUCUCACUGAAAUAGUGAGAAAUCAAGGACCAUCAACUACUAAAAAUAUGAAAGUAUUCUGCUGACCACUUACAAAUGUAAUUGUCAUUUAGAUAUAUAUGAUACGUUUGCACUUACCUAAAAUAUUGAUAUUCUGUCAUACUUAUGAAAUAUAUGCUACAUGUAUAUUCUACAGAAAGAUCAUUCAAUCGCACAAAAAUAUGGCAAAAUAUAGCCAUUCAUUCUAUCUUUGCUUCGUAGGAUCUACACUAAAAUUAACAGAUUUUAGUAAUGCAGUGAAUAGAAAGCCAAAUUCUGAUUGGUCAAAGCCAAAAGUUAUAGUGCCACAAGAGACGAUUUAAGUUUUUAUCACCUUCUAAUAUUUCACUGGUAAAAAUGUAAUAAAUAUGUAUAUCUAACAGAGGUGUGUAUCUCCUGGGUAGUGACAAUAUGAAACGAUUAUCACAUUUGAAGGGACACAAUAUGAUGUAUAUCACAAUAUACACAGCCAUUAGUGUAAUAUGUGGAAAUUCUUAAAUUGAAUAAAAUUUCAUAACUGCUUCCUACUUCUAUAACAUUAGAUGCCUCUGAUCCUUGGCUCAGUUCUAAGAUGUUACUAUGGCGAUAUCUUAUGUAAUAAUAAUGAUGAUGGAGCAAAGCGAUUCCUCCAUUUGUGAAAAAUAAACAUGUACCAAUUGGAAGUUAAUAACUG